AUGACUUCCCUUCCGCAACCCGUUCCUCCGUCCUGGAAGGACCUGGGCAAGUCUUCGACGGACUUGCUGCAGAAAGACUACCAGAUCUUGGGCAACUCUCUUGAAGUCAAGACCAAGACACCCACGGGUGUGACCUUCAAGGUGGCCGGCAGCCAGCCCUCCAACUCGUCCGUCGUCACCGGCGACGUUGAGGCCAAAUUUGUGAACAAGAAGCAAGGGCUGACGUUCACUGGUACCUGGACAACCGCGAAUGUGCUCAAGGCUCAGGCUGAGGUCGAGAAUCAGAUUGCCAACGGCCUAAAGGUCGAUCUCCUCACGACUCUUUCGCCGGCCAAGGGCAACGCGAAGACUCUUGUCAUCAACGGUGCCUACAAGCAGUCUGGAAUCCACUCGCGCGCUGCCCUCGAUGUGCUGAAGGGUCCCACUUUCACUGCCGAUACCGUUUUCGGACGAGACGGUUUCCUCGUUGGUGCCGAGGCCGCGUAUAAUGUCACUGAGGGUCGCAUCAGCCGCUACCAACUUGCUGCCGGCUUCAGCGCUCCCGAAUACGCUGUCACGCUACACGCGCUGAAUGACCUCAAGGCAUUUUCCGCCAGCUAUUACCACCGUGUCAGCAAGGAUGUCGAGGCUGGUGCCAAAGCCAUCUAUGACCCCAAAUUCAAUGGCGCGGUUUCCAUUGAAGUUGGCACGAAGACCUACCUUGACUCGGCGGCGUUUGUCAAGGCCAAGAUCAACAACUCUGGGGUCCUAGGCCUGGGCUACACACAAUCCCUCCGUCCUGGUAUCAAGGCCUCUUUUGGUGUGGCCGUUGACACACAAAAACUGAACGAGGUUGAUCCUUCUGGCGCUGCCCACAAGGUCGGAUUGAGCCUUGUCUUUGAGGCAUGA